AUCCUCACUUUCAGAGGGGAUUUGCAACAAUAGGGGGCCUAAUAACACCUCCGCUUGCAUGGACUUUCAUGUCAUAUUGAUUCAUUUGAUUUUUGCAGAUUAGCAUAAAGUUAGUUGUGGUUAUUGACUCCGCAAUCGUGCAUUAACUUUUAAUGGAUUUUGCAUUGUAGAGGAGAAAGCCAGAGUUAACCAGGUCAGGUGUGUGUAAUGUAAGCAUCACUUCAGCGUUGGAGGAGAUAGAGAAAACCUUCCCGCCAUGGGUCAGCGCCUGAGCGAAGAGGGUGACCCAGACAAGGAAAUCGAUGUGGCAGAGCUGCAGGAGUGGUACAAAAAGUUUGUUGUGGAGUGUCCAAGUGGAACUCUGUUCAUGCAUGAGUUUAAGAGUUUUUUCGGUGUCACUGACAACAAAGAGGCUGCCGAUUACAUCGAAAAUAUGUUUCGAGCCUUCGACAAGAAUGGGGACAACACCAUUGAUUUUUUGGAAUACGUAGCAGCUUUGAACUUAGUUCUCAGGGGCAAAUUGGAGCACAAACUUAAAUGGACAUUCAAAAUGUACGACAAAGAUGGAAGCGGGUGCAUCGAUAAAACGGAACUCCUUGAAAUUGUGGAGUCUAUUUAUCGGCUGAAGAAAGCCUGCCAUGGAGAGCUGGAUGAAGAGUGUAAUCUGCUUACGCCUGACCAAGUGGUUGACCGGAUAUUUGAGCUGGUUGAUGAAAAUGGAGAUGGGGAGCUCUCGCUGGAUGAGUUCAUUGAUGGAGCACGGAGAGACAAGUGGGUGAUGAAGAUGCUCCAGAUGGAUGUCAAUCCCGGGGACUGGAUCAAUGAGCGAAGACGCAGUGCUGACUUCUAAAGCUGGAACGUGGACUGUCAGUCUGUCACACACACUCUCCCUGUGUGACCAUUCACAUUUUGGAUUUUUACAUAUUUGGAUAUGAAACUAAUUCUGGCAAUACCGUAAAUGGUUUAGAUCUAUUCCUCAAACCACUCUUUUGCUUCCAAAGGGGCAGUUGCACAUUCAGUGAAGCUGUGGGGCAACUUAGCAUCAGUAGUCUUGAACUAAUUUAGUUUGACCUGUGACAAUGUAGAUUUCUCUGUCAUAUUCUACAAAGACUCCAAUUAUGAAGCAUGUACUAUAUAUUGUUUUGUGUUUGUGUCAUACAUUAAGAAUAAAUGUCAUUCAACAAAUAUA